AAGGAUCCUGAAAUGAACAUUUUUGUUUUCUACGGAAUUCCAUAUGCUAAAGCACCUACAGGUCCGAACAGGUUUCAAGCACCUCUACCCGCUCCAGUAUGGACAGAAACUCUGGAUGCCGUAAACAAAUAUGUAGCUUGCCCCCAACCUAACCAAUUUCUUGAAAUGUAUAGGCUGAAAUAUAAUAUGCAAGAAGAUUGUCUCAUUGCAAACGUAUAUGUACCAAAUACGAGUACAACAAAUCAGAAGCUUCCUGUCGUAGUUUACGUACAUGGAGGUGCUUUCCACGUAGGCCUCGGCGAUUUAUCAACUCCAAAGAAUUUGGUACAAAGUAAAAAUGUGAUAGUUGUCACAUUCAAUUACAGGCUUGGUGUACAUGGGUUUUUAUGUUUGGGUACCAAGUAUGUUCCAGGUAAUGCUGGUAUGAAAGAUCAGAUAGCGUUAUUGCAAUGGGUAAAGAAAAAUGUUGCCAAUUUUGGAGGCAAUUCGAAAGACAUUACUUUGGUCGGUUACAGUGCAGGUGCUACGUCCGUUGAUCUUCUAUUACUAUCACCUUUAGCUAAAGGACUUUUUAAUAAAGUAAUAGUAGAGAGUGGCUCCAAUACAGUUGUAUGGUCGGUACAACAAGAUCCGCUAAAGAAUGCGAAAGAUUAUGCAAAGUUGCUAAAUUUCACAAAUAUCGAUGACUUUUUAUUGAGAUCUAUACAGCUACAUGUGGAAGCUGGUAAUGACAAAGUAUACUUGUAUGAAUAUUCAUUUGUAGAAGACAUUGAUAUCCCUGUACAAUAUCCAAGUCUUCGAGGAGCAAGACAUUGUGCUCAUUCAAUGGCUGUACUUGAUGGGCCGGAAAUUGGUAAUACUGGAGAAAAAAAUAUUAGUGAUGAAUUCCGAAAAGUUAAAGCUACAAUGAGGGAGCUGGUGUAUAAUUUUGUCAAAACUGGAAAUCCGGCACCGGAGGGAUCAUCAUUUCCAGCAUGGCCUCCUGCGAACACUAACGUUUCCCCCUUCAUGGAAGUAGGAAGAGAAUUAGAACUGAAAGCUAUGAUACCGUUGGAGAAACGAAAGCGUUUUUGGGAUGCUAUCUACGAGAAAUACUAUCGUUCUCCCAUACCACCACCAGCACCGCCUGCCAAACACAAAUAGUAUUAUUAAUACUUACGAUUAUAAUUUCAGUUUUAUUUUUAUUGUCUGUUGUAAUUAUAAUAAAUUGUACUAUUUAAUAUAUUAUUAUAUAUACACCUUCUAGGCCUACUAACUUCACCUUCUA